AGCUCGAAGGGAGAGCGGCCCUGUAGCCGCGGUCACCCGGCCGGCCGGGCUGGUCCCUGGAGCCGGAGUUUCCUUUUAGUGAGCGAGUCCCUCGGGAUUUCUCCGUGGACAAUGGCAGCCACAAUUCAGGCCAUGGAGAGGAAGAUCGAGUCGCAGGCUGCCCGCCUGCUGUCCCUCGAAGGUCGAACUGGGAUGGCCGAGAAGAAGCUGGCGGACUGCGAGAAGACGGCCGUGGAGUUCGGGAACCAGCUGGAGGGCAAGUGGGCCGUGCUGGGGACCCUGCUGCAGGAGUACGGGCUGCUGCAGAGGCGGCUGGAGAACAUGGAGAACCUGCUGAGAAACAGGAACUUCUGGAUCCUGCGGCUGCCCCCGGGCAGCAAGGGGGAGGCCCCCAAGGUGCCCGUGACCUUUGAUGACGUGGCCGUGUAUUUCUCUGAGCAGGAGUGGGGCAAGCUGGACGAGUGGCAGAAGGAGCUCUACAAGCACGUGAUGCGGGGCAACUACGAGACGCUGGUGUCCCUGGACUACGCCAUCUCCAAGCCUGAGGUCCUCUCCCAGACCGAACAGGGGAAGGAGCCGUGCAGCUGGCGUCGCACCGCCCCGAAGGUUCCAGAUGUUCCUGUGGACCCGAGUCCAGGCUCGGGGCCCCCGGUUCCUGCCCCUGACCUCUUAAUGCAGAUCAAGCAGGAGGGCGAGCUCCAGCUCCAGGAGCAGCAGGCUCUGGGGGUAGAGGCCUGGGCAGCCGGACAGCCGGAUAUCGGGGAGGAGCCGUGGGGCCUCAGCCAGCUGGACUCCGGAGCAGGAGACGUCUCUACAGAUGCCGCCUCUGGCGUCCACUCCAACUUUUCCACCACGAUCCCACCCACUUCCUGGCAGGCGGACCUCCCUCCCCAUCACCCUUCUUCAGCAUGCUCGGACGGGACACUGAAGCUCAACACAGCAGCCUCCACGGAAGCAGAUGUCAAAAUUGUGAUAAAAACAGAAGUCCAGGAAGAGGAGGUGGUGGCCACGCCAGUGCAUCCUACCGACCUGGAGGCUCACGGGACCCUGUUUGGACCAGGCCAAGCCACAAGGUUUUUCCCUAGUCCCGUCCAGGAAGGAGCCUGGGAAAACCAGGGCGGCUCCUUCCCCAGCCAGGACCCUGUGCUGGGGCUGAGGGAGCCCGCCCGGCCAGAGCGGGACAUGGGCGAGCUCAGCCCCGCGGUGGCCCAGGAGGAGACCCCGCCGGGGGACUGGCUCUUUGGGGGGGUCCGGUGGGGCUGGAAUUUCCGGUGUAAGCCCCCCGUGGGCCUGAACCCGAGGACUGGACCCGAGGGGGUGCCCUACACCUCCCCCGACAGCGGGGAGGCCGUGCUGGACUCCAGCCAGGCCCCGAGACCCUUCGGCGACCCCUGUAAAUACCCCGGCCGGACCAAGGGCUUCGGCCACAAGCCGGGCCUGAAGAAGCACCCCGCCGCCCCGCCGGGAGGGCGGCCCUUCACCUGCGCCACGUGCGGGAAGAGCUUCCAGCUACAGGUGAGCCUGAGCGCGCACCAGCGCAGCUGCGGGCCGCCCGAGGGGGCGCCGGGGGCGGCGGGCGGCGGCGCGCGGGACGGCAGCGCGCUGCGAGCGGAGACACUGAGGCACAGACACCUGGCGGCGACCCGGCCGGCCUGCCCCAAGGUCACGUAG